CAGAAACGAAAGUAAAAAUUACAAGUUCCUGACAACGGCCACUACCAAACAGAGUGAGCUAUGGAGGAAGAUAUACGUAAUGAACGAAAAAACCUCAUCUCGAAGUUGAAGGGUGUCGUAGGGAGGAGUGAUGAAGGUCGGUGCCCGAGGAAUAUCGUUCUUAUUGGUUCCCCAGGAUGUGGGAAGUCUUCCUUCAUCAAUUCGUAUGCAGCCUCCAUUGCCGAUGACUAUUGGCGGGAGUAUGCUUUCAGCGGGGGAAAGGGGAGCGGUAAAGGAACAGCUGAUCAAAUUACCGUACGGAUUAAACGUUUUGAGGCGAAGGAAUAUGUGACGUCAUCAAGGCUGCAAGGGUAUGCAUUUCCUACCCUGGUUGACAUAUCAGGAAUUCAAGAUGGAGAAUGUGAAAUAACGGAAGAAAUUCUAAGGUUAUUGUUUUACGGCGAAUUAAAAGAUAAUACCAAUAUUCGUUCGGUAUUUACAUGUGGAAAAAAUAAUGGUAUUCAGUACAUGCGCUCAAAGUACAUAGGAUGGAACACAAAGAACAGCAACAAAGUGCACCGCAUCAUCGUGGUCGCUAAUGCAAUGGAACCGAUACCACAGAAUCUCAUCCAAUGUGUUAUGAAAGCUGCUCGGCCGACCGGAGAUAAGUAUACUAGAGAAAUCCCAGUUUUUGGGAUCAUGACAAAGAUUGACCAAGUCGACGAAUCCAGUCAAGAGUUUAAGAAUAGAAAACAGACGUUCAUGGAAGCACUGUCACUGGUUGGAGUCAGUCAUAGAGUUGCGCAGUGUGUCAACUACUGUGACACCAUUGAUCCGAUGUCUACCCGGACAAACCAAACUCUACCGGAUGUUGACAUCUGUUUUCUGAGAUUCAUGAAUGUGGUAUGCGGGUCGAACUACGUUGUCAGCAAUCCAGACGAGAGUUACCGGAGCAUUUAUUUCAAGGAAAAAAGACAGGAAUUUCAACGUAAAAUGAUCAUCAUAAUCUUGGCCAUAAUCAUGUUGGGAUUACCUUGUCUACUAGCCGCAUACAUAUAGAGGUUACACAACGAGUGGUUGUUGGAUUGGAAAUUUAUUUCAUACGAGUAAGUUAUUUUUUUAUAAAGUUACAAAGGACACGAGCUUUUGCAAGAGUCUUUUGUAACUUUUAAAAAAUAACCCACGAGUGUGAAAUAAAUUCCAUAUUCAAAAAUCAGUCGUUUGACCUGUUUCUAACACAAUGGUAUCGGUUUGAAUCAAAGGGGGACGUGGCCAAGUCUAAUUGAGCGUAUGCAAAUAAGGUGUACAAGUGACGGCCGGGACCCGGUAAUGUGAUGUCAUUCAAUUAUUGAUGACAUUAGUUAUAAUUGCAGUUCGGGUCAAAUGUCACCGUGUCAACCAAUCAACACGCGUUUAGCGUUUAUUCCACGUGAGGUAUAAACAAUGUUAUUCAACAGUUAUGAUUCUUGUAUUCCUUGGGAGUUGAAUAUUACUCACAUAUUGUGGUAGAAACUUGAUCAAUUUGAUCAUGUGUACACCAGGUGAAAAUAUUGAUUAAAUCAACCUUCAAGUUUGUUUUACAUUUUAAUAUGGAUGUGGUAUACAUGGAAGCUAUGUUAUCAUUUAAUUGUUUAUUAUUCUUGCUGUACUUGUUUGUUGAUAUACUUAAUACUAGAAUUCUUUGUUACAUGUAGAUGUUCUGACUUGGCAUUGGAUAAUCCUUACUUUAUACAACAGCUAUAAACAUUUUUAUUCAAUUCUGUUAUACAUUCAAGUAGAUUAAAAGCGAAAUUAUGUUUCCAAUGUAAUUUGUACAUACCGAGUAAGUCGUGUUUUUAUAUAUAUAUUUUAUAUGGGAGAGGUUAUUAUUAUUUAGGUUAAUUAGGCAAGUGCAUCAUCAAUUAAUUUGGUUAAAUGAAUAGCCAAGAAAACCAACGUUGAUGUCACAAAGCCAUGUAUCGAUGAGUGGUUUUCUUAAUGUAAACAAAAUCUCUAGGCUGACCUCUAUUGGAAAUUAACAUGGCUGGGAACUUCAUACUGGAAUACUUUGUUAAAUGUAGAUGUUCGGACUUGGCAUUGAUAAUCCUUACUUGAUACAAUUUUAUUCAAUUCUGUUAUACAUUUAAGUUGAUUCAAAGCGAAAUUGCCAUUGUAAUGUGAACACUCAUAGUAAAUCAUGAAUUUGUGUAUACAUUUUAUAUGGGAGAGGUUAUAUAGAUACUUUUUUUCCUGUUUCGCUUAUCACUUUUGAGUCACUGUUGCUAUCUGUUAGUUAGUGUUGCACCCGAUAAUGUUGAACGUAUCAGACUUGCUGAUGCAUUUGAUUUAUACAUUCAGAUGACGUCACAUUGUUUUCGGAUGUUUUUGGAGAUGUUUUUGUACCUGUUGCAUUUGUGGUAGUCCGCUCUUAUGAAUAUAAAAUGUUUGAAAUAUUAUAUUAAUAACAUUACGCAAUACUAUUUUGAAUCGUGCAUAUUUCGCAUUAUGCUGCAACUGUUUCGCCUAGUCCGUAAUCGACUGUAAUAGCAACGAUAUAAUGAUAUAUUUCCAAAAUAUGAAAAUCUAUCAAAACAAUAUCUAAUGAAAUAGUGAUCUAGGUCAAAGAAAGUAAUAUAACAUAUUCAUUAGAGGUCCUAAUCCAAUAAUAAUCGAUUUAGUUCGUUCGAAAACGUUAUUUCAAUCUUAUAACGUCGGGAUGGGGAACACCAACGAUAUCCCAUACUAAAAUCAUGGACAUCUUUAUUAGCUUCUAUAAGUUAACCUAGAACACCAAACUGCCCUUCAAUUACGGCAAUAAAUCUGAUAUUAACGCGAUCGUAAAUAGAAAUAAAAUAAAAUGUUAAAAGGUGUCAUGUCUAUUGACAUGGUUCCUUAUUGUAACAGGCCCUGCCAUUGCCGUAUCAUAUUCCGUCAUCUCUGUACAGGCCAGAACAAGAUACAGCACAUUUGAUACUUUUCAAAGUAAAUAAACAAAGUAUCAAAUUGUUCAGCAAAACAGCCGGAUCAAGACGUCAACAACGCGUUCACAGAACGAAACAAACUUAAAUAGCGUUAUGUAAUGUAAAAAGGUGUACUUCAUGAUGGUUUAUUAGGUGAAUCUUGGAUAGGAAAGUGCAGAAGAUAUCACAUUUGAAUAAAUUUUAAAAUGAG